AUGGCUCCUGAAGUGACUUGGACACGUAUAUUGACUCCGGAAGCUGGUGUAUACAGCAUGGGAAUAGUGCUGCGCUCAGUUUUGGACGCAGGAAAUAGACCGUCGCCAAAAGAUCCCAAUUUUGAGCUUUUGGCUAAGGUCGAAGCGGUGAUACACAAAUGCAUGAACUCCAGACCAUCAGAAAGGCCAAGCAUACACGGAAUUUUCAUAGAGCUAGAUACAAUCGCUAGCAUGGUUCAGACUACCAAAUAUCAGUACUGGCAACCCGUAUGA